AUGGAUCCACGCAGUCUCAAUGCAGAAGAAAAAGCUCACCCUGAGCCAGCCUCCAUCCCAGUGGAAAAGCAAGAGCCAGUCAAACCGCGUGGCUUGCUCUCUCGAAUUCGCUACUAUGAAGAGGUGCUGGAUCGCAAGUUGGGAAUUGAAUCACACAGUCUUGACAGGGUUAUUCCGGAAAAUCGUAAACCUCCCAACUCCCUGGCGAUGGCUUUCAUGUGGGCGUCUGCUACGAUCAACAUCAGUUGUUUUAGCACAGGGUUCUUGGGAAAAGAAUUUGGAUUGUCUUUGGGACAGACCAUUGCUAUCACCAUCUGUGCGACGUUCCUUGGUGCCGCUGUGACGGGCUGCGCCGUUUCCGAUGGCCGCGUGUCGAUUGCCGUGGGCGUGGUCAUUGUUGCGUGUGUCAGUUUUCUCUUCAGUUUCGUCGGUCUCAGGGGAGUCCUGAUGUAUGAGCAAUACGCUUGGAUCCUAUUCUUCAUCAUUUUCAUGAUCAUCUACGGCGAGUCUGCGCAUCGGGCCAACCUAGCCGCCCCUGCUACAGUUACCGGUCUCACCAGGUCAGGAAAUGCUCUGACCUUGAUCGGUGUGGUGUACGGCUCCAGCGCAUCCUGGAGCUCCAUUGUCUCGGACUUUUACGUUCAUUACCCAGUCAACACCCCCAAGAUCAAGAUCUUCCUAUACACCACUCUGGGCAUCACGAUUCCAACCUGUAUCGGUAUGCUGCUUGGUGCUUGCAUCAGCUCGGCUUUGGAUACGAAUCCUGAAUGGGCUGCCGCCUACGAGAACGGUAUCGGGUAUCGUUGUCAGUCGUUCUUAUCUUUGGCUGCUGAAUAA